AUGUCGACGCAGAGCAAAGAAGUGACGCUCUCUAUUGAAGAGACAAAUGCGCUGAGAGCCAAGCUCGGCCUCAAGCCGCUGCGGCUGGAUGCGAAGGACAAAACGGGCAGCAGUGGUGCAAGCAGCCAUGACAGAGUUUCCACGAGCAGCAGCGGCAAGCGGCACCGCGAGGCUGAUGCGAGUGCAGCCGUGGCGUCGGCCGUUGCAGCAGAAGAUGACGGCGGAGAGUCUAAGGACGCGAAGCCCUCGACAGAUACCGCUGCAGCAGCUGCAGCAGCAGCCGCAAGGGAAAGGAGAGAAGAGGAAGAACUGCAGAAGCGCCGGGUAGCGCAUGCACUGUUGAUUUCUGGCGACACCAUCGCAUCGGCAGCAGCUCAAGAUUCAGACAUCCUGGAUCCCCUUGCGUGGAUUUCACGGAUGCGGAAGGCGAAGAAGGAGCAGCAAACGCUAGCCUCCCAAGGCCGUGUGGACCGUGUGCGCUACGAUGAUGAAUCGGAUUCCGAGGCUGAGGAGGGCGCUGCAGCCAAUUCAGCAGCAGAGCAGGCAGCAGCCUCCGAAGACACGGCAGCGGCAGGCGCCCCCAUGGCAGCGCGUGUGGCUCAUGAUGCCUCGGAUUUGCCGGAGGGUGAGGCUGUCGUCUUGACCCUGCAGGAUGCGCAGAUCCUUGCGCCUGACGGCUCCUUGAACGAGGACGGAGACGUUCUUGAGUCUCUCCAGCUCAGGGAAAAGGAAAUGCUGCAGCGGAAGCACAAGCGGCAGCAGCAAGCGCACCAGAAGACGGCGUACAACGCAGCAGAGGAAUUGGAGGGGGGGGGCGAGAAAAAGGAUAUUCUUGCGCAUUACGAUGAAUGGCAGCAGGAAGAGGCGGCAGCGAAGGGCCUUGCGAGACCCCCAGGAGAGGCGAAGGGGUUUAUGCUGCAAGACAUGCUGAAGCAGGAUGCUGCAACUGCUUCUGCAGCUGAAGCGGAUGGUGAGAAGGCGGCAGCAGCAGGAGUCGAGGGGGAGGCUGACGUGCUCGGGGUGCCGGCCUUUAGGAAGCCGAAGAAGCAGAGGAAAGAGAAGCAAAGGAAGACUGGAAUGGAGUUUUGGCUGGGCCUGGCUGCUGCUCAAGAGGACACUGCUGCAGACUUAGAAGAAGACCUCUCGGAGAGUGUUGGUGGUGGCAGCAGGAGAAGGGGAGAUGAUCACGCUUCCAGGAGUAGCAGGCAGCUGCAGGAAAAGAAUGCACAGAAGGAGAUGGUGGCGACGGCGCUCGCAGCGGCAACAAAGGAUCGAGAAGACUACCCGCGGCAGGACGGUGGCCCCACAGGCAGCAAAUCAAAGAGCAGCAAAGAACGCAGCAGCAAAGACAGCGGCAGCAAAGGCAGCAGCAGCAAACAAGAGGAGCACGUGAGGCAGCUCUCCGAGGUUUUAAAUGAGGAAUUGGGGGUCUACGUACAGCCCACCACGGGUGGAGGUAGUGAGGAGAUAGAUCCCACAGAAAUGGAGAGGCAGCGACUACUACAACAAAUCAAGAGACGGACGCGAGCAGAGGAAGAAGCUUUCUCCAAGGGCCUUUUGCCGAAGACAGCGAUGCUUGUCGAGCUCACACAGCAAAGCAAGGCGGAAGAGAAGGACGAGGAAGGGCUGCAGCUGUCGAAUACCACAGAGUUCUGCAGGAGUGUUUUAACGCCAAUGGAAAAGGCACAGGAGGCACGCGGUGGAGGGGCCUUCCUCGGGCCGAAGCCUUCGAAAGGCAUUAAGGUCACAAAUAGCACCCCCACCAAGUCCGCAAAGCCCCCUCCGUCGCCUACCGAAAGUCAGCCGAGGGAGGAUGCCGAAGAAGGAGAACUUGUCGAGGAGCAGUCGAAGGAAGACGACGACAGUGACUCCGAGCCCGAGUUCAUGGCAGAGCAGCCAAUUGGAAAUUCGGUUGCUGGGGCACUUGCGUAUCUGCAGAGCAAAGACUUCUUUUCGCUGGAUAAAAUCAGGCGGAGGCGCGGGCACCACCUUGAGUUGCCGCUUCACAAUGCAGAGAACGAAAAGGAAGUGAAUCUGGAUUACAGGGACUCCUUCGGCAACGUCAUGAAUGCGAAGGACGCCUUCCGCCGGAUAUCGUGGCACUUCCAUGGAAAGUUCCCGAGUCUUAAAAAACAGGAAAAGCAACUGAAAAGGAUCGAGCUGGAGAGGCGGCUGCAAGAGAACCUAAUGGAGUCACUCCCCACUUUAAAGGCAUUACAAAGAGUACAAGAGGGAGACGGAACUGCCCAUUUGGUGCUGACGGGGGGCAAUAUUGAAAGCUAG